AUGCCAACAAUUAUGUUUUGGAGUCUCAUUAGUUGCAACUUAAAGUGUUCUAAUGUGUUGCCGUGUGUGAAGAACGAUGCCGUUAAUGAUGUAAGCGGCAGCUGUGAGCUGUAUACUGAAAAGCCUGAAAACCGAGCGCCAAAAGCUGAAUGA